CAGAACAACGCUCCCAUUCCUGUGAGCACUGUGUAAAAUCUUUUUCAAAGAAAGGUUAUUUGCGAAGACACAUGAACGAUGUUCACUCGGAUCAACGUCCGUAUACAUGUGAACAUUGUGAGAAAUCGUUUUCUCGAAAAGGCAACUUACAAGAACACAUCAGACUUGUUCAUAUGGGACAACGUCCUCAUAAAUGUGGGGUCUGUGAGAAAUCCUAUGGUCGAAGGAUCGAUUUGCACAAACACCUCAAAGUUGUUCAUUCGGAACAACCCCUACAUACCUGUGAACACUGUCAGAAGUCGUUUGCUACCAAGUGUCAUUUACAAACACACGCCAGAGAUGUACAUCCGGAACAGGGAACCCAUACCUGUGGUUAUUGUGAAAAAUCCUUUUGUCGACGCCAAAUUCUCCAGAAUCACGUAGCCGUCGUUCAUUUGAAGCGGCGUAAUCAUAAAUGCGAAUACUGCGAAAAAUCUUUUUCUGAUGGGAGUAGCCUUCGAAUGCAUAUACACGGUGUUCAUUUGAAAAAACGAACCUGCAUCUGUGAGCACUGUGGUAAAGCCUUUUUUCUGUAUUCCAAUCUCAAGCUUCACGUAGCCACCGUUCACUUGCAACAACGCUCUCAUUCCUGUGAGCACUGUGGAAAAUCGUUUACAGCGAAGGCUUGUUUGCUAAAGCACUUGAAAUCUGUUCAUUCCGGGCAGCGCCCGUACACAUGUGAACACUGUACUAAAUCGUUUGCUCUAAAUGACUAUUUGCAAGCGCACAUCAAAUCUGUUCAUUUGGAUCAACGUCCGUAUACAUGUGAACAUUGUGCGAAAUCAUUUUCUCGAAAAGGCAACUUACAAGAACACAUCAGACUUGUUCAUAUGGGAGAACGUCCUUAUAAAUGUGGGGUCUGUGAGAAAUCCUAUGGUCAGAGGAUCGGUUUGCAAAAGCACCUCAAAGCUGUUCAUUCCGGUGAGAAUGUGGCCGAAAACACUGUUGUCGCCUAUGUUUUAUUACCUCUGAUUAUAUCACUUUGAUAAACUCCACUGUGCUUUGCACAGAAAAUAUGCAAUCACAGUGCAAUCGCUUCCUCUUGUAUCAUCAACACCAAAUCCGAUAAUUUAAUGCAAAACGUGUGAGGCUUUUAAAU